AGUAUCAAUCAGCAAAGAAGUUUCCUGACGUUCUAGAAAGAGCUCCAUUUCCUAUAAGUACCGUCCAAAUGAGUAACAGAAGACAGUUCAGUAUAUUUCAAACAAGAAAUAUUCCAGAAGCUGUAACAAGAAACAAGGAAGAGAUCUAAAAAGAGAGGAUAUCUUGUCGAAGAAUUAGAGUGAAAAGAGCUUGAAUCAAAAUGGUUGUAGUCACAGUCCCACUACUUUCUCUAUUGGACUUCACAUCACCUCGGCACCAGUGGUAUGCCCAUCGAAUGCCAAGAAAGCAUUGCUUUGUGGGGAGGAAUCAUAGCACAUGCCCACUGUCCAGGACAGUAAACUGCAAUAGCAGGGGACAGGAAAGUUAUUCAGAAGAUGAAGGUACUGAAGAGAAAUUUAAAUUGGCAAUCCGUAUAGGAAAUUACAGGCCCAAUGAGAUAUCACUGAAGGUGGAGGGAGACAAACUGAAAGUUACAGGAAAGCAUCAUCAACAAACUGAUCAUGGUUAUGAAAGCUCUGAAUUUGAAAGAAGCUAUCCAAUCCCAGCUGAUGUCGAUGCAAAGUCAUUCAACUCAAAGCUAAAUGAUGAUGGUAUUUUGGUGAUAACAGCUGCAAAAACAAAACCAUCAGCAAGUCAGGGACUGCAAGAAGACGAGACAAACUUCAAAUUGACUUUCCAUGUCAGUGAUUAUAAACCAGAUGAAAUUUCUGUCAGGCUAAAAGGAAAUGAACUUGUUGUUGAUGGAGAGCAGAAGUCAGAAAGCAAAGAUGUAGAAGAUUCAUUUUUCCACCACAGGAAAUUUUCACGUCGUAUAUUACUUCCGAAAAGAGUGAAACUGGAGAGCUUGCAGUCAAAAUUAACCAAGGAUGGGAAACUAGUGAUUGAAGCUGAAAAAAUGGCAGCCAUGGAGCCAACAGUGAGGCAGUUGGAGGUUGAGUAUGAAGCUGAUUCAAAAUCGAAGGAAGAUGUUAAGAAAGAAACAAAUGAAGCUGAUAAUGUGACAAUGGAAGAAUAAGGGACAGUAUAUAUCAGAAAACUUCUGAACAAAUAUUUUGUGUACUAAUAGCAACAAUUGUCAAACACUACCUUAUUCAUUUUACAUUUUUGAUAUCAAAAUUACUGUUAUGAAGUAGUUUUCAGUUAUUUUAACUAAAUUAAACUUGUUAUGUUGUUCUUUGAUAGAAUGAAAUGUGUGUUAUUCUAUUAAAUAUGGUAUCUGCAUUCA